AUGGGGUAUUGGAGCCACAACUGGAAUCCAGAUCCAACACCAGAGCCCAUGCGCUUUCAACUGCACCAGCCUCCUCUCCCAGGUCACAGAGUACGGUUGGCACAUCUCAUCAGUACCCAGGCGGGGAAACGGGCCCGGAGAGAGACGGACAGGCUGCCCCAGAACUCCAUCCGGCACAACCUGUCGCUGCACACCCGUUUCAUCCGCGUGCAGAACGAGGGCACUGGCAAGAGCUCCUGGUGGAUGCUGAACCCCGAGGGCGGAAAGACAGGCAAGACCCCUCGGCGGCGGGCCGUGUCCAUGGACAACGGGGCCAAGUUCCUGCGCAUCAAGGGCAAGGCGAGCAAGAAGAAGCAGCUGCAGGCACCUGAGCGAAGCCCCGAUGACAGUCCCCCGGGCGCGCCAGCCCCGGGGCCUGUGCCUGCCGCAGCCAAGUGGGCCACCAGCCCGGCCUCGCACGCCAGCGACGACUACGAGGCGUGGGCCGACUUCCGCGGCGGCGGGAGACCCCUGCUCGGGGAGGCGGCCGAAUUGGAGGACGACGAGGCCCUGGAGGCCCUGGCACCUUCGUCGCCGCUCAUGUACCCGAGCCCGGCGAGCGCGCUGUCGCCCGCGCUAGGAGCGCGCUGCCCGGGGGAGCUGCCCCGCCUGGCCGAGCUGGGGGGCCCGCUGGGCCUGCACGGCGGCGGCGCGGGGCUGCCCGAGGCCCUGCUGGACGGCGCGCAGGACGCGUACGGGCCGCGGGCCCGGGCCGGGACGCCCGCCUACUUUGGCGGCUGCAAGAGCGGCGCCUACGGCGGGGGCGGGGGCGGGGGCGGGGGCUUCGGGCCGCCGGCGCUGGGCGCGCUGCGCCGCCUGCCCAUGCAGACCAUCCAGGAGAAC